UGCGACUGGCUAGUGCAGUGGAAGCGAAGCAUGCGUUCAAGUCGCGAAUCUUGAAUCUGGAGUCAGUAUAUCAGUCAGAAAGUUUCAAUAUUCCGUUCAACACUCUGAGGCUAUCUAUCGCGCUAUGUCGGGGCUCAUUUCUUGAUAACGAAGCUCAGAUAAUGAUUGCUCCAUUAUUUUGCAGUUGACCCUUAUUAUCGGGAGCGUAUACCAGAAAUAUGUGGUAUAGAACACCAACGGAAUCUAGUGAAUAGUAGGUCGGCCAAGUACUUCAUUCAACAUCACGCAUCAUUGGAGUACGGAUCAUUCCUUUAACGCUACUGAAUAGGUGGAUUGAUAAAAAGUUAGACCUCCUACGAAGGGAUCAAAACGGUUGUGAUUCAACGGUUGGUGCUUUAUCUGGAAACCGCGACUGUGUGCCGAGUUUCACUAUUGAUUGUAGAUCUUCCAUUGUGUACUGUUUUGGUACUGGCCGUGUUUUAACUAGUGUUGAUAUAAGGUUUAUUGUGAUACCACUUGAUCAAAGAGACAAUCUAGCUUCAAGGCUCACUUCGUCUUUGUCUCAACGAAGUGCCACUGAUGCGGUACAUGGUACAGGCCUAGUUGAAAUCUGUGCUGAAUUUUGGACCAAUAUUCAUUUGAAUUCUGAAAUAAGUGUGGAUUACUAACAAAACAAAAUGCCCGCCAUUGAAAUAUCACAUGAACUGGAAUUAAAUCCUGAACUGCCAGAUGAUAUCAUGAAAAUAGCCGCAAAACAGGGUGAAGAUCCUGGCACGAAAUGUGAGCUAAUACAGCAGCUACGUGAUAUGAUUUAUGAAAAAGGGGAAUGUACCCCACAUCGAACUGACGACGAGUACCUUAUUAAAUUUUUACGAGCCCGUUUUUGGAGAGUGGGAUUGGCCUACAAAUUACUAUGCCGAUACUGUGAGUUCCGAGAAGCUAAUCGAGAACUUCACGAAAAAGUUCGACCUCUAGAUAUGACAAUUUUAGGCGAAGAAGACAUCAUCCAGGUUACCCCAUACAGGGACCAACUAGGACGAAGAAUCUCAAUAUACACAAUAGGCAAUUGGAAACCAAAUAAGCUUAGCAUAGAUGAAAUCUUCAAGGCUACCCUUAUCAUGCUGGAAAUAGGAUCUCUUGAACCAACUACACAAGUGGUGGGCGGUGUUGGAGUAUUUGAUUUGCGGGGACUAAGCUUUAAUCAUGUCCCACGAUUAACACCUUCAGUAGCACAGAAAAUGAUUAGUUUGAUGGUGACCUCAAUGCCUACCCGAACAACAGCACUACACAUAGUUAACCAAAACUGGGUCUUCAAUGCAGCAUUCCAAAUUUUCAAACCUUUCCUCAGUUCACGGAUGCGAGAGAAGAUUUUUGUCCAUGGUUCUGAUAUGUCCUCUUUACAUAAACACAUUCAUCCAGAGCAUUUACCCAUCAGAUAUGGCGGCUGCAAUCCUGACUAUCCUUACUCUCUUUGGAUUGAAAACUUAGCAAAGAAUGAGAAAGUUAUUAAGGAGCUGGAACAACUGGGAUAUGUGCUCGAUUCCAAGGAGACGUAAAAAUAUGUUUUUAGUUCUAAGCAUCGAGAAUUGUGAGAUUUCGGCCAUAGCGAGUUAACAGGUUUUCAAACGAGAAUCGGGAAAUUGAUAGUCAGUAGGGCUCAUGGGUCCUACCGAAAAUGCGUACGAAUUGUGUAAAGUCUUCAUAAAUAAUGUAUAGUAAUGUCCUAAUGAAUUUUGUACAGUGCAAUGGAGAAUUGCUGGCUCUAUAUAAUAUAUUGUAAAAUUUA